AUGUCAAAAAAUGGAGAAGCAUUUAUUUUAGAUGAUCGUGCAAGAGCACUUGCAAAUUAUCCACAUAUGAGAAAAGCAGGUGACUUUUUAUUUGUAUCAGGUAUUUCAUCACGUAGACCAGAUAAUACUUAUGAAGGUGUUCAUGUCGAUGAAAAUGGUAAAGUUACACUCAACAUUGAACAACAAACUAGAGCAGUCAUUGAAAACAUUAGAACCAUCUUAAAAUCAGCAGGAGCUGAUCUCGAAAAUAUCAUUGAUCUCACUGUUUUCUUAGUAGAUAUGAAAGAUUACAAUGGUUUCAAUUUAGCAUACAAUGAUUAUUUCAAAAUUGAAACUGGUCCAACUAGAACCACCGUUGCUGUUCAUCAAUUACCAAAUCCAAAUCUUUUAAUUGAAAUUAAAGCAACUGCAUUAUGUAAUAAAUAA